AUGAAUUUGCUACUGCGCCAGCAUUACGGUGAUCAAGGAGGAAGCUUUCGAGCGCUGAUGUUGCUCGCUAAUGUAGCGCAGGGAUUGCACACAUUUGCAUGUGAAGAAACAAGAGCAAUUUUUGAUAAACUAACCUGUCGAAAUCAGCUCUUCAGUGAGGUGAAAGACCAGGAAUUUGAGCGUAUUAAUACGGACUUGUAA